AUGGGUAAGAAAAAAGCAAAAGGCGAAUAUAACGACUUCCUCGACGGGGAGAAAUUGCGUGAUAAUACUGAGGUGUGGAGGUCAAUGCAAGGAUCUGCGACAAUGUCUUCGCACUCCCAAUUUCAAUCUAGAGAUGUAGAUAGAGACUUUUCUUCGCAGAUGCAGACGAAAGGUAGGGGAAAGGGGAAGCACGGCAAAGGAAAUGGAAAAGGAGUCGGGUCUACAAAACCUCGAUUGACGCAUUUCUUGUGCCUACCGCUUGUUAAUCAGGGGAGUGAACCGCAAUUAGAGAGCGCGUUGGGACGAUUCAAAGAGGAUUUGGAGGGGUUAGGGAAAGCGGACGGAGUGGAAGGUGUUCCUGCGAAGGCUGUUAGGCCAGUUAGAACACUGCAUCUAACCCUUGGGGUUAUGAGUUUAGAUGAGGCGGGUUUGGAGGAUAUGGGGCGGUGUUUGGAAGACUUGGAUUUGAGGGGUUUGGUCAGACACGCUGGUGCUUUGGCAUCAGCAGAACAGCGGCAACAACUCCCAUCGUUGGAUACAAAUACGGCUACAUCAACCCUAUCUAUCAACCUCCAAGGCCUAAUUCCCAUGCACCAACCCCACAAAACCAGCAUUCUCUAUGCCGAGCCUACGGAAUCUACCACCCGACUCUAUCCUUUCGCUUCUGCGCUUAGAGAUCAUUUCAUGAAGAAAGGGUUCCUGGUGGAAGAUAACAGAGCGUUGAAAUUGCACGCUACAAUUGUUAAUACGAUUUAUGCGAAACCGGGCGGUCGACGUCAGGGUCGAGGUAAACUAAAACUAAGUACAGAGGAGAAAGGGGAAAUUGGCGAAAUGAUGUCGAAGGGAGAAGUUGAAGAACAAAACGAAGGAGAUCGUCCAUCCACCACGUCCUUGACCCAAGAACCCACGACCGCGGAACCUAAAGCUACAACGUCAACCGCAGCUCAGGAUGGAAGUUCCGGUCACGGCCCAAAUGCAAAGAGUUCGCUCCGAUUUGACGCUACGAGGUUGAUCGAGCGGUAUAAGGAGUUUAUGUGGGCGGAAAACGUGAGAGUUGAUCGAGUGCAGAUAUGUAAGAUGGUGGCGAAGAAGAUAUUAGGUGAUGAUGGGGAGGUGUUGAGUGAGGAGUAUGAGUGUGUUUUUGAGAAGGGAAUAUGA